AAAGGCGUUUUUACUACGCCGUGUAAUUACGAAAACGUCUAUAUUGAAGGGAAAGAGACCAAAAGGAUGACAAUAAGAACAAACAGCCCAUCCCUGCUGAAUCUUCAGCUUCAGGACAUAGUGUACCAUAACACGGAAUUUGACACCAACAUAUUUGAAAAAGGAACUGUCGAAGAAAGGGUCACUGUGAUUGUUAAAACGUUUCUUCGGUACCAAAAGGCAAAAUCUGCGAUUUACUCUAUCAAGAGAUUGUAUCCAAAUACAAGAAUCGUUAUUGCUGACGACACUCCCCCGACGAACUUUACAAACCUGCAAGGUAGCAACAUGGAUCACUUUAGAAUGCCAGGCUUCACUGGCUACUUUGCGGGAAGGAAUCUAGGACUGUCUCAAGUCUGGACUGAGUACUUUCUCUACAUGGAUGACGACCUUUUUUUUACCAAUGGAACAAGGCUGGAUGUCCUUGUCUCAUUUUUGGACAAGACUAAUUUUCACUUGGUAGGUGAGCAACGCCAUUAUCAGGAGAUAAAAGGUUUUCCGGGUUGUUUUGUUGCUGAUCUCGUCCCGAAUUUUUUUCUUGGUUCCACCCAUGAAGUUAAAUCUAUCGGAUUCGACCCACACCCAGCCCUGUCCCGUGUUGGGCAUUACGCUUUCUUCCUCUCUGCACUGGGGAGAAUCCGGAUUGCCUUCUGUACUACUGUGGAAUUCGGACACAACAAGACAACAACAGAAGCUGACGCAGCAUAUAGGAGCUUUCGCUAUGUCGGCCCAGAGUAUUAUAAGAUGAGGGGCCAUCACGAGUUAUUUAAAUAUAAUUUUGCUUGUUAGUCAGAAAUGUUAUUAAUAUUCUUGCUCAUUAUUACGUAACCUUAACUUUGCUAAUCGUAAGAACA